AUGCCCGGUCCUGAAAGAGAGAACGUGAAUCACGGCGGCAAAGUCAUUAUGCCUCCCAGUGCUCUGGACAAGUUAACUCGACUACAUAUCACAUAUCCCAUGCUAUUCGAGCUACACAAUGGUGCAAAAGAGAAGAUGUCCCACGCUGGUGUGCUGGAGUUUAUUGCCGAAGAGGGGAAGAUCUACCUACCGUACUGGUUGAUGCAAACACUCCUGCUCGAGCCCGGCGACCUAGUACAGAUCAAAUCGACAGACCUCCCCCCCGGCCGCUUCAUUAAACUUCAAGCCCAGUCAACCUCUUUCCUCGACAUCAGCGACCCAAAGGCGGUUCUAGAAAAUGCCUUUCGAAAUUUCUCUUGCCUUACAAAAGAUGAUGUCUUCACAUUCGCCUACAAUGAUCAGGUGUAUGAAAUGGCUGUGCUGGAAACGAAGCCUGCGAAUGACACAAACGCUAUAUCUGUUCUCGAGACCGAUCUUGAAGUCGAUUUUGCGCCACCGGUUGGAUACGAGGAGCCACAGCGCCCGAGUGGCACUAGCACACCAGGGAGCGUAGUGAGCGGAAGACUGCCGGCUGGCGGGCUCCUCCACCCACACGGCACCAUGGCCCAGUCGAUCAACUAUGCAGCCAUAGCACCAGAGUCUACUGAUGCUGCUGCAGGUGCACGGGCAGUUUCCUCGAACUUCCUGUCCGGCGGCCACCGGCUGAAUGCCAAGAAAGGCAGCAAAACCCCAACGCCAACGGCGUCAACUCCCACGCCGGGAGCAACAAACCCCAGUCACCCCCCUCCCGUUAAAAGAACGAAUGGCCCACAGCCACUACGCCUACCACCUAAUCAGCUGUUCUUUGGCUAUGCCAUAAAACCUGUGCCGAAACGAGACGAGGGCGGAAACGUAGUUGAGCCGGAGAAGCCUCGUUUCCAGGGAACCGGUCAAUCUCUCCGAGGAAAAAAGAAAGAAGCCAUUGCGGGCCGGUCCUGCCGUUUUGAAUACAGUCCAGACCGCGACUUUAUCGACUUUCAGCCUACAACCUCGAAACAGCAGCUCACUCCUAUCGCUGCACCACCGAUCACAGCGAGUGGGUUCCAGCUAACACGAUGGGCCAUGGACACUUCUAUGAGCUUAUCACAGAAGCUGAUAUUCGCACGUCUUCCUUUCGUUCGAUACUACAAGAAAAGAUCUUGA